GACUCCCUCUAUCGAAAGGGGUUCUCAAUCGAUACAAAGCAGUGAAUCAACCCUCGACUAAAGCAAUCGAUCCACUACUAUCAAUCUAUGGUGCUCUAUUGACCUAAUCAGGUAUUCCCUCUCAUAGAAUCAAAGCAGAAUCAAUAAUCUCGACUAAAGCAGAAUUGAAUCAUGAAAACAUGCAUAGAUUGAAUAUGAACUCAAGAUUAUCCAGUCAGAGUACUCAUACAAUCAUCCAAUCAAACAAACAUAGCUAGGGUUCCUCAAAACCUAAGUGAAGGGAAGUUACUCCAUAGAGAAGAGAGAGACUGCAGUAAGAAUCCUCAAAUGAUCAGUCUUCAAGUCUGGGCUUGUUCCUUGAGCUUCCAAGGAGAAGAAAUCCUCCAACUCCACUCCAAGAAUGCCCUCAAAUCGCCCUCUCUCUCUUUGGUUCGUCCCUUGGGUGUUUGGGAUCCAAAAACCCAGCUCUCCUCUUCUUUGGUUCGGAAUUUGGCUUAAAACCAGGAAAUCCCGACUCACACGGGCAGGGUGGCACGGCCGUGUGGCCUACCCAGUUGCCCGUGUGAGGCAAAACGCACCGUAUCACUUAGUCGAAUUCCAGGCUUCUUACACGGCCAGGGUGGCACGGCCGUGUGUGACUUCCUUCUGCCCGUGUCUGCUCUCGCAGAAUGUCACACGGCCAGACGGGCCUCUCGCACGGCCGUGUGAACAUCAGGGUAGCCCGUGUGACCUCCUUUGCGACUUGUCUCGCGCCCGAUCUUCGCCCAAUCGACCCCGAACUCGCUCCUAAACCUUCAUUCACUUGCCAGGACCUGAAAUAUCACAAACAAGCACAACCUAGCGUGAAAUCGGUCUAAAACACGAGAAACCACAUCUCAAACGGUGUAAGAACAGGGGUGAAAACAUGUGUAACUAACGGUCUAUCAAGUUUACUUUGGAGCAGAUUCAGAAGCACCUUAGGAUCGAGGAGGUAACUCGUAUCCGUGACAAGGAUCUGAAUUUGGGGGCACCAUCAAGUUCCAAAGUGAAUGUUGUGGAGAGCAAGAAAGGAAAGAAGAGAAAGGCCAUGAAUAAUUCCAACAACCAGACCAACAACCAGAAGAAUAAAAAGAAAAAACCGUCCCCUAUGUCCACUAAGAAUUGUUUCAAUUGUGGGCAAUUGGGACAUAUUGUCGCUUUUGUCCUAAUCCAAAGAAGAACCAGAAUGAAGGGGCUGCAAGUGCAAACGUGAUUGAGAAAGUUGAGCCUAGUGAGAUUGUUGCAAUGAUUUCUGACUUACAUGUGAGUAUGAUUCAGGAAUUGCACAUGGCUGGAGUCAUGACCAGUGCUGAUUGGUGGUAUGAUUCGGGGGCAACUGCUCACAUUUGCAACAAAAGAGCCAUGUUCAAGGACUACACAGAGUCAACGGAGGGACACGAGGUUCUGUUGGGUGAUCAUCGCACGAUCAAGGUUCUUGGAUCUGGAACCGUGGAGCUUUUCUUCACUUCGGGAAAGAAAGUUGUUCUCACCAAUGUCCUUCACGUUCCUGAUGUUAGAAAGAACUUGGUUUCUGGUUUCAUGCUUUGUAAGAAGGGGAUAAAGGUUGUGAUAGAAUCUGAUAGGGUGAUUCUGACCAAGGCUGGUAUGUUUGUUGGGAAGGGCUAUGUUAGUGAUGGUAUGUUUAAGCUAAGUAUUGACAAUGGUAAUAUUAAUAAUAAAGUUGAUGGUUCUGCUUAUAUUGAUGCAAUGCAGUCAAAAUCUAGAUUUUAAGUAAAAUCGAAAACUGAGGUAGAAUCGAAAUCGUAGAUUAAAAUCGUAAAAUCGUAAGAUUUUAAGGUUCAUAUUAAAAUAAAUACUUAAAGCACUAGAUAGUAAUAAAAAUGCAUAUCUUGA